ACGUGUCGCGUAUAAGCUGGUGAGCUAGUAUAUGUUCAUCGGGCCGAUAUCGGCAGUGAUGGCAGGAGCGUACGAGCAUAGGUGUCUCAUUCUUGUUCAUUGCGGUAUAUCGUCGGCGUAUUUUUCUCAACUAUAAGUAGUUGUAGCUUGAUUCCUAGCGACACUUGCUUGUCGGCUAUAGUCGUAUAAGAGGCGGACAGAGGCUCGUGCAAGUCGUCGGAUAUUCUAAUCUUCUCGGACUGCAUUCUGUGCACUUUCGAUUUUCAAGCUGAUGAUAAGAUACCUAGUCGGUGAUGUACUAUUCGUCAUCCGACUUGGUAGUCUGGAAAAGUGUUGAUCUCGUAACGUAAUCGCUCGAACAAUUGCACCAAUAUUGUCUUUCUUAUUGUGCGUCAACACUAGCAACAAACAAGAUGUUGAGAACGUUUCAUUUGCUAUUUGCUCUGCUCCUUAUACUUGGAGGUAGUGCUGCUUUUUAUCUGCCAGGUUUAGCGCCUGUCAAUUUCUGUGCUGAACCUACUGAAACCUGCAAGUCUGACAUUCGUAUGUACGUGAACCGUCUGAACUCGGAGCAAUCUGUUAUCCCUUAUGAAUACCGACAUUUUGACUUUUGCCCUAUCGAUGAAACUCAGUCACCUGCUGAAAACUUGGGUCAAGUUAUUUUUGGAGAACGCAUACAUCCUUCCCCUUACAAACUGCAAUUUUUGAAGGAGGAAAAAUGCGCUAUAGCUUGUAUCAAAAAUUACACUGGUGGUAUUCCAGAAGAUGAGCAAAAGUUGCAACUCCUUAAAACUGGAAUGCAACUUGCUUAUCAGCAUUCUUGGAUCGUUGACAACAUGCCAGUAACUUGGUGCUACCUAAUAAGAGACGAUUAUCAAUACUGCAGCAUUGGUUUUCCAAUGGGUUGUUUUGUUAAAGAAUCGUGGAAACAACAACAAGAUAGUUGCAGCAUUGAUCCUACUAUAUACAGUAAACCUAAAACAUACUAUUUAUUCAAUCAUGUUGAUCUUGUAAUAACAUACCAUAGUGGAGAUGAUGAGGAUUGGGGAGCUGGUACCAAAGAAAAAAGUGGACGCAUUAUAUCUGUCAAAGUUACACCUCGCAGUAUCAAACAUGAUCCCAAUGAUCGAAACCCAGAUUGCUCGAGUAAAACACCUCUAGAAAUUCCUUCUGAUCCGUUACGUCCAGGCCAAAAAUUGAGUGUCGUCUAUACGUACCAUGUCCGUUAUCAUCGUAAUAAUACAAUCAAAUGGUCAUCCAGAUGGGAUUAUAUUCUCGAGUCUAUGCCACACACAAACAUCCAGUGGUUCAGUAUUCUUAAUUCUUUGGUUAUUGUAUUGUUUCUCUCAGGAAUGGUAGCCAUGAUAAUGCUAAGAACACUGCACAAAGAUAUUGCUCGCUACAAUCAGAUUGAAUCAGGAGAAGAUGCUCAAGAGGAAUUUGGUUGGAAGUUGGUGCAUGGCGAUGUGUUUAGACCUCCCAGAAAAGGAAUGUUACUAUCUGUACUACUGGGAUCUGGUGUUCAAGUUUUCUUCAUGACUCUUGUGACAUUAGCUUUCGCGUGUCUUGGCUUUCUCUCACCAGCAAAUAGAGGAGCAUUAAUGACUUGUGCUAUGGUUUUAUAUGUUUGCCUUGGCACAACAGCUGGAUAUGUUUCAGCGAGAAUUUACAAAAGUUUUGGAGGAGAAAAAUGGAAAUCAAAUGUGCUACUUACGUCGAUGCUGAGUCCAGGGAUAGUAUUUGGCUUGUUCUUUAUUAUGAACCUGAUAUUCUGGGCUAAAGGAAGUUCAGCUUCAGUACCUUUCAGUACUCUAGUUGCUAUAUUGGCUUUAUGGUUUGGUAUAUCGGUCCCCUUGACAUUCAUUGGAGCGUAUUUUGGAUUCAAAAAAAGGGCAAUUGAGCAUCCCGUUCGUACAAAUCAAAUCCCUCGACAAAUACCAGAACAAAGCUUCUACACACAAGCUAUACCUGGGGUUAUCAUGGGAGGUGUUUUACCAUUUGGUUGUAUUUUCAUCCAAUUAUUCUUUAUACUUAAUUCGUUGUGGUCAAGUCAAAUGUAUUACAUGUUUGGAUUUCUAUUUUUGGUAUUUCUUAUAUUGGUCAUCACAUGUUCUGAGACCACGAUACUUUUGUGCUAUUUUCAUUUAUGUGCUGAGGAUUACCAUUGGUGGUGGCGGAGUUUUCUCACAUCAGGAUUUACUGCGUUUUAUUUAUUGAUUUACUGCAUACACUAUUUUGUAACUAAACUAAAUAUUGAAGAUGCCACCUCAACUUUUCUCUAUUUUGGAUAUACUAUGAUAAUGGUUUAUUUGUUUUUCCUAUUAACAGGAUCUAUUGGCUUCUUUGCUUGCUUUUGGUUUGUCCGAAAAAUUUACAGUGUGGUUAAAGUUGACUAAAUGUGAAAAUUCACUUGUGAAUCACUACUGGAAAUACCAAAUUGUUAUAGGAAACUUUUCUACUAUAGCUUAUCGUAUGAAAAUCCUCUGACACGAUCUUGAACUUGAGCUUUUUUUAACCGAGAAAAUAUUUGCUUUUUAAAGUUAAGGAUACAUUAUAAGUGAAUCAGUUAAUAAUAUCGUACUUUUUAUUUAGUAUGCAGUAGAGUUAAUUCUUAAUUGAUGAAUUUUGUGAUAUUCUUCAAAGCAAGAUUGAGCAUAUAUAACGUUACUAAAGGGAUAUAAUACAUGUUUUUAUAGCCUAUAUCAUAUUCAAUUCGGCAGACAUUUUUUUGUUUGAUAUAAGUGUGACUUAAGAUUUUACGUACUCUAUUAUAAUAUGUUGAAAUAAUUUAAAUAUUUGAUAAUAGAAAAUGUACAAAUUAACUCACGAAAAAGAGUGAGUCAGCUAUUGAUUUCAUUUAUGGCAAAAAUAUUCACAAAUAUAAAAAAUUUAAUACUUUAGAGCUCAAGUGAAUACCACUACAUCGGUAAUUGAUGUAAUUACUAGUAUAGUGAUAUGAAUUAUGUUAUUUUGUAUAAACUAUUACAUAAGUUAAACAGAUGGUAGUCAUAUACACACAAUAAUGAAAAGGCGAUUAUUUGCAAGUAUUGAUUUAUAUUAUUCAAGAAAUUAAAAAAAGAUUUUGCAUUCUUUGUCAAAAAACAAUAACCGUAAUUUAAAAAAAAAAACGUUUUUUGAUAAACGUGAUUGUAAAACUGUAAAUUUUUUAAUGAUAGCUAUACAAUUGUGUACAGUGAAAAAUAAAUGCGUUUGUGUUUUCUAUA